CAUCAAGCCCUGCUCCUGGCCUCUCGCUUUGUUUUCCUGGCUGUGUACCCCCACGGACGCAACAACAAGCUAUCAACGAACUGGAGAAUCUUUUCUUCAUUCAACUCUAGUCUCGUACCAAUAUAUCUCGCUGUCAGUGCUAGUAGAGGGAAAAGGCGUCCGGUGGCUUAGCGAAGCCUCUCUUCCAGGGGUGAGUCAGAUAUGGGAACCGCACUCUGGACAACAGUGCCCUCCAUUUCAGUGGUCCUCUCGAGGAAGGUAUAAAACGGGUCAAGUAAGGACCCCUCCUUCCACGCCACUAUCCCCAACCCUACCCUGUGCAGACCUCACCUGUCAAGUUCAUAUAAAGCCAAGCUCUAUCUUUCAAAGUCGGCACUCUUCGAUCAACAUCGAUAAGUUUCCGUUGCCGCCCAUCGUCAACAUAUGCCCAGUAUGUGGUAUCAUAUCUCAAAUGCCAACGAGUACCUUGUGGUCACUGGUGCCGGUAUCGACGAUGUCCGUAUCGUAAAAAAAGCGUUCGUCUACCCAUGGCAGCGAGCUGCCCGGAUCUCAGUCUCGCCGUUCGACUUCUCGCUCAACCUGCAGGCAAUGACCAUCGAAAAGCUACAAUUUGCUCUACCAGCCGUCUUCACCAUCGGUCCCGACAACAAACCCGACGCGCUCAAAAAGUAUGCGCUUCUUCUCAGCGGAAAUCCCGAUGGGACCCCCUCAAGCAGUAAGGGCAAGCCGAACCAGGUGAUCAUACCCACACAAAGGGGCCAUGUUCAGGACAUUGUCAAAGGCAUCAUCGAGGGUGAAACACGUGUGAUUGUCUCGAGUAUGACGAUGGAAGAGAUCUUCAAGGAACGUCAGAUCUUCAAGCAAAAGGUCAUUGAAAACGUGCAAAAGGAACUUGAUCAGUUCGGCCUGUGCAUCUACAACGCCAACGUCAAAGAACUCCAAGACACCCCCGGAUCCGAAUACUUCGCCUUCCUUUCACGCAAAGCCCACGAGGGCGCCUCGAACCAAGCCCGAAUUGAUGUCGCCGAGGCUCGUAUGCGCGGUGAAAUCGGCGAGGCCUCCAAGAAGGGCCACACCAAGCAAGAAAUCUCCAAGAUCGAAGCCGAGACCGCCGUCCUCGAGACCAAGCGCAAAGCCGACAAGGCGCAGGCCGACGCUGAGCUCAGGAAUCGCCAGACAGAGCUGGACAUGGGCAUCCAGAUGGCGCAGAUCAAAGCAAAACGCACAGCCGAGGCCCGCGACGCCGAGCUCCAGCGCGAAGUCGAGACCAAAAAAGCGGCUAUGGAACUCGAGCGCCUGCGCGCCAAGGACCUGGUACGCGCGCAGAUCGCUCAAGAAACCACCGAGCGCGAAGCCGACGCGAACUUCUACAAAGCGUCCAAGAACGCCGACGGCAAAGCAUACGCAGAAAAACAAGACGCCGAUGCCCAACUGUUCAAGCAACAGCGCCAGAUCCAGGCCAACGUCGAACGCCAAAUGAAGGAGGCCGACGCCAACUACCACGCCAAACACCGUGAUGCCGAAGCCACUCAGGCACAGGCCAAAGCGUACUCGGCCCUCGCCGAUGCAUUUGGCGGACCGCAGGGUCUGCUGACAUACCUCAUGAUCAAGGACAAUACGUACGAGAAGCUCGCGCUGGCCAACGCCAAGGCUAUCCAGGGCCUGCAGCCCAAGAUCACCGUUUGGAAUACUGGGUCAGAGGCUGGUGAAGUCGCGACGAGUGGUGGUAUUUCAGCUAUCAAGAAUAUCAUGCAAUCCCUUCCACCACUGUUGAGCACCAUCCAAGAUCAAACGGGCAUUACGCCGCCGAAUUGGAUGCUCAACAUGCCUGACAAGGAGAACAUCAAUUCCAACGGGACUGCCGCCGCCAACUCCAAGCCCAAGAAAGGUAUCUUGCUGAACGGGGUCCAUGAUUCGUCCAAGGCUUUCGACGAAGCUAUGGCACGCAGAACUGCUACUCCACCUCUGUGAAAUCCUCGUCCUGGAUCUCCAAGGGAUGGGCCAAGGCGAUACUCGAAUUCGGUGUCUCCACGUCAACGCGGAAACGUUGGCUGAGGCCUGGAGGAGAGUUCUGUCCUUAUCUCCUCGACGGUCUAUCGCACUUUGAUCGUCCGGAGCUCCCGUCGACUCUGCUCUUCACCUAGCAGGAGGCUUAUCACCACUUGCGAGCGGCGGACGAGGAUCAGCUCACACUGAACAUACAAAUUUCCUUCGCUCGGAUGUUUGCCGCCAUGUCUUGUUUUCUGAUUACUGGUGUUGGAAGACUUUGAGGCCGUUGUACUUGUAUUGUCCUCUUGCAAUCCUUUUUGUACUGUACAUAGAUAUGUCUAUCGCUCAUCGUGUGGCAUCUGUACAUAGACGUGUUUAGCCUCAUGGUCUACGCUGUGUAGUGCUUCUCAUGAUAUUGAUUCACACUCAA